UUUGGGACAACUUCAUGGUCCACUAUGGAAUCCCUGAGCGCUUGCACAGUGACCAAGGACCUGACUUUGAGUCACGGACAAUCAAAGAGCUAUGCAAAAUUGCUGGAAUCCACAAAAUCCGUACGACUCCCUAUCAUCCCAGAGGGAAUCCAGUCGAACGAUUCAAUAGAACAUUGCUGAACAUGCUGGGAACACUUGACAAUAAAGACAAAUCACAGUGGCGAAACUUUGUGAAACCCUUAGUACAUGCGUACAACUGUACGAAGAAUGAUGUAACAGGGUUCACACCUUAUGAACUCAUGUUUGGUCGCCAACCAAGGCUGCCCAUCGAUCUGGCACUUGGGUUACCCUUGAGGGAUGGUGAGUACAAGUCUCACUCACAGUAUGUACAAAAGCUCAAGUCUCAUCUGGAAGAGAGCUACAAGAUAGCCACCCAAAACGCCACAAAGAUAGCAGCAAAGAACAAGGCAAGAUUCGACAAGCACGUCAAUGCCUCCAAGUUAGAGGCUGGCGACAGAGUGUUAGUGAGAGCUGUCCGUCUGCGCGGCAAACAUAAGCUUGCUGACAAGUGGGAGUCGGAUGUUUAUGUGGUGGUGAAGCAAGCUGGGGAUCUUCCAGUCUACAUCCUCAGACCAGAGAGCAAGGAAGGCCCUUUGCGGACUCUUCACAGAGACCUCCUACUUCCCUGUGGUUCUCUCCCACUGAGUGUUGAAAAGCCAGAUUUGCCAAAAGCACGCAGGCCACGAACACGCAAGUCAGUUGAACAGUCUGAUGAUGUCAAUGACCAGUGUGACUCCGAGGAUGACAUUCCAUACGAGUGGUUCAGAGAACAGCCAGACAAAGAAAUUGGAAGAUUUACAACUGUCUAUGAAAUUCCCAGAUCAAACAUCAAUCCUGAGUCCACCUUCUCAGAGAACGAGGGAAGAAACAUAUCCAAACCUGUCGAUGCUCCAGUGGGUGAAGAUCGCUUACCCGUUAAUUCAUCUGGCGACUCAUGUAGCGCGGAUACAGGAGACCUACCUGAUGCUCUGCCAGCUGCUGUCGGGAGUGGAUGUUCGCCUGCUACUUCUCGUACAACACCUGAAAAAGAAACGAGGGCUAAAGAAUCGACAAGUGUAUACUUACCUUUCAGUGUCCCUGGAUCUGCUGGAGAUGACCUUACUGAGAAAACUAUACAAACUCCUGAAAAGGAUGUCCCUGUUGAAAGAAAAGAGAGAGAGAUGGAUGAUGGUGCACAAGUUACCAGUGAUACAGUGCCAUCUGAAAGUAUUGACACUGAUGGACAAAGCAGCACUGUAAGACGUUCAACCAGAAACAGAGAAAGACCUGAACGACUGCAGUAUUCACAUCUUGGAAGCCCACUUAUAUCCAUUGUCCAGUCUCUGUUUCAAGGCCUCACUACGGCUCUUACUGAUGCUUUGUUGGAAGUUGAGGAUUCAAGAACAAACCUGAACUCAUCCUUCAGACCUGUUACUAAACAGCCGCUCCCAUGCACAGAGGCGUGCAUGAAUUCAAGAGGGGAGGGUGUAACCAAGCACGGAGCAGAGUUCACUUCCCCUUGAGCUGUUGGAAGAACAGAGAGCAAACCCCGCGUCGAACGAUACCUACCUCGUCAAGACAUUCCAAUAAAAGUUGUUAAAACUCGGAUUAAAAACUCUUAAAACAAUCCAGUGUGGAGCCCUGGACCUGUGAGAGUGCAGCCGGAGAGAACGGACGUGUCCCUCACGAAGAAAACGCAUCGGUGAGCGAUCGUUUUACCAUGCUAACCGCUAACGUUAGCGCUAGCCGCUAACACUAGCGCACCUGGAGCGCUAGCUGAGAUGCUAACUAGCACAAUGGCAGACACCAUUCACUAACGCUAAAACCAUUAGCUUGGUAUGUUAAAGCUGCAGACUUAAUCCAGUGCUGUGUAAUAUGUUGCUGUAUAAUUGUUACACACUUAACUGUGGAAUGUGUUGAUUUAGCACUUUUAUCUGUGUAUUUUGGGCACAUUAAUAUUUAAAUUAUGUGUUACAUUUUAUUUGAGAUGUGUUUAAACAUGCCUUCACAUGGCCAAGGGUACACACAGUGUCUGCUUACUAGUAUCUGUUAUUUUGUGUUCUAUUAUGUGGAAGCAGUAUUUUGAUAUUAUAUUGAAGAGGUUUUUCAAUCAUCAUCUCUAAGCAUAUUUUGAGAAUAGUUUACCGAUAUUGUGAUAUCGUAUUACAAUGUUUAAUAUGAUGAUUUAACAUGAAUAAUAUUCUAGUUCAUGAUUGAAAGCUAAAAGAAAAAAGCUAAAUGAUUGUUCUGACCUUACUCACUGUAGGUCAGGUUUUUUUGUUGGACCCUUUGAACCUUUGAUCUACCUGGAUGUUGGAGCCUGGAUCGAGAUAUUGAUGGCGAGCCGCAGCCCAGAGGAGAACUAGAGAUACGGCGCCUGCAGAAUUCAACACUUCAUUACAU